AGCAGAAGAUUAUAUUGAUAUUAAUAAUAUUUUGAUAACAAGUGAUAUAUUCAAUAAUGAUGAAAUUAUUGCAGCCAUUCAAGAGGCAUCUGAGAAUAAAGGAGAAGAUGAAGAUGAGAAUGAGAUGUUGAUGAUAUCUAACAAAGUUGUCUUAGAAAGUAUUCAAAAUUUACAUGAUUACUUGUGA